UUGGUAGUUUACAAUCUGUUUAUUUAUCAAGAUUUGUAUUUGACGAGCCAAUUCAAACUCUUAUAAAGAAACAACAAAUUUCAUUCACUUUAUAUUCAUACUGUCUCGAUAACGUUUGUUCUGACCCUUCUUUUAAACAUAAUUUUGAUCAAAUACCUUCCGUUGGAGAAAUAGUUGAAGGUAUAGGAAGUCAAUUUACAAAAAGAUUCAUAGAUCCAAGUAAAGUUGGAGAUACAAUUGGAGAUACAGUUGGAGAUACAGUUGGAGAUGGUGUUGAUAAAGCAAAAGAGUUUGGUAAAAAUGCAGGAGAUACAAUAGCAAAUGCUGCAGAAGAUGUCAUUAACAAAAUAAAUGAACUAUUACCAACAAUGCUGGAUAUCAUAGCAUUAUUGUUCCUUUCUACAUCCUUUGUUGCACUUUCUUUAACCUUUGAUAUGUUAUUAUUUGUAUGGGUGUUCGAAGCCGUUGCAUUAAUACCUGGUCUUGGUCAACAAAAAACUGGAUCUGGAAUUCAUUUGGCUGCUUGGAGCUUAUUUUUUUUAGCAGUAGCUACAAUAUUGAUGAUGAUUGGUGUGUGUAACAAAAUGUGUAUUAGUGGCAUUAUCAAAAAACUUGGGAGAAACAAAUUAUCACCAAAUGAUGAAAAAAAUCAAACAUUAACUAGUGAAGUAUAA